AUGGAUUAUCCUUCAAAUCAACGUAAUGCGAUUAGGAGGGCAUAUAUCCUUAAAAAACCUUGUCAACCAAAAACUCAUAACUUUCCUCAAAGAGAUCUUAGUGGGCCGCGUCCGCGUCGAUUUGUUGCUUCAUGGUUUGGUAAAUGGGAUUGGCUUGAAUAUAGUAUCGAGAAAGAUGCGGCAUUUUGUUUUGUUUGUUACUUGUUUAAGAAUGAUAUUAAAGUUAAUGUGGGAGAUGCAUUUGUAGAUGGAAAAUUUAGUUCUUGGAAUAAAUCAGAAAGGUUUAAGACAUAUGUUGGAGGGUUGGCAUUUCGUGGACAUAAAGAAGAUGAAGAAUCUCUUAAUAGGGGAAAUUUCAUUGAGCUUUUGAAAUGGUUAAAGUCACAUAAUGAAGUUGUUUCAAAGUUCAUUUUCGAAAAUGCUCCCGGAAAUUGUCAAUUUACAUCUCCCAUGAUUAAAAAAUAUAUCAUAAAUUGUUGUGCCAAAGAAACAACUAAGCGGAUCAUAGAGGAAAUUGGUGAUGAUUACUUUGCUAUCUUGGUCGAUGAAUCUAGUGAUGUAUCCCAAAAGGAACAAUUAGUUCUUUGUUUGCAUUAUGUUGAAAAGAAAUCGGGAAAUAUAGUAGAGCGAUUUCUUGGACUUGUUCAUGCUGGGGAUACCACCGCUUUGUCUCUUAGAAGUGCAAUUAUAUAUUUGUUUGUUGAUCAUUUAUUAAGUCCUUCUGAGAUUCGAGGGUAG